AUGUCUGAAUACCACAAGAGCGAUGCGGCCGUGCCGGAAGUCACGCUGCCCGGCCCGAUCGCGCCCGGCACCGACGGCGAAGCGGUGGAUCUCUACAGCAACUUCUUCAAAUUGGACGUAUCCGGCGAGACGAUGGUCUACAAGUACGAGCUCGACGUGACCGCCAGCCGAUACGAGGACAUGGACGAUGUGACAAAGAAGCACGUGAUGCUGACCCGCGAACCGGCGCAGGGGGGUCUCCGUCUGGUCUACCGGGAGAUCUGCUCUCGGAUCGUCAAACACUGCAUCACUAGCGAGAAUGGCCUGCCGAACUGGAACACCUGCAUGUUCUACGAUCAGCACCGUCUGCUCUACGUCAUCGGCCGGCGCAUCGACAGCGAAGGGAUGAUCACGGCUCGGUAUCCACUGCCUGAUGAGAGGCUCUAUGCUCCCUUCAAGUUUGCUCGCCUGGAAUUCCGCUAUGCUGGCCAGAUGACGUUGUCCAACUCCACCAUCUCGGAGCUCACCGGUCCGCUGGCCCGCACCAAGGACGACCAAUCCGCAAAUUGCUACGUCGAGGUCGCCGUCUCGAAGAGCUGCUUCGAAAACCUCGAAAAUGGGCAAGAAGGUCAAGCUCGGAAGUUCUUGUGCUUCUCGAGGAACCGAAUUUUUCUGCGCAACCCGGUUGAAGCUCAAGAUUCCAAUUUGUCGGAGCAGAAGCAAAUUCUGCUGGGUUCCAAGAAGAGCGUGGAGCUGAUCGCCGGCGAGGGCAAUCAGCCGCAGUUGGCCCUCAAUAUCGAUGCAGAAAAGGGCUGUUUCCUGAAGGCCGGCCCGAUCUUGGAUACUGCGCGCCGGAUCUGCAAUGUCCAAUCGCCUACUGUGGGAUGGAGCAUGGAAGCGGUCGAGAAGCUUAACCGCGUGCUAAAAGGUGUGCUCGUCGGUACCAGCUACGCUGGGAUGCACCAGAACUUUCGCAUCGACCGCAUCGUCCCGGAGACCGCCCGCAACGCCAGGUUCGAGACCAAGGAGGGCAAGACAUGGACGGUCGAGGAAUACUUCAAACAGCAUCGCAAUGUCGCCAUCGAGUGGCCGCUGGCUCCGUUAGCAGAAGUGAAGCGCGGCCCCGGGCGUAGCCACUUCCCGCUCGAGUUCCUGGCAGCAUACGAAGGACACAUUGUGCCGACAGCCAAGCAAACGCCCGAGAUUAUGAAGACUUUCGUUCGCUCUGCCGCAAUGGUACCGGAUUAUCGCCAAGGCGCCAUCAUGAAUCUGAUCAAGGAACAGAAUAUCGGCCUCGACCUCAGCCAGAGCGCGCAUCUGAAAGUCAACACCGUCGAACCAAUCGGGUUCAAAGCAAGAAAGAUCCCGGCCCCGCUAGCCGUCUACCAGCCUGGAAGUGCAAACAUUAGUCAAGGGACCUGGCGCAAGCCGCAGGGCGCCGGCUUCUUAGUGCCGAAGACGCUUCAGAAAUGGGCGUUCUUCGCCGUGUCGGAUCGUCCCAUCAGCAACUUUGAUGCGCAGCGCUUCACACAAGGCUUCGCGGACGAGUGCAAGAAGCGACAGAUGAACCUGCCCCCAUGCGCUUACAUGGAUGUCCUCGGCUCAGAGAAGCUGGAAUGGGCUUUCAUGAACCUGCGGCAGAACGGCUUCGACUUUGCCCUAUUCGCCAUGGAAGAUCAGCUGAAGCUGCAAGACCGUCUGAAGUACUUGGAACGAACGUUCGAAGUGGCCAGCCAGAACAUGAAGUGGUCGACGGCGCAAGCAAUCAUGACUGGGCGAAAGGCUGCCACCCUCGAGAACAUUGUGCAAAAGUUCAACGUGAAGCUUGGCGGCCAGAACUACGCGGUCAGGCGCGGGAAGGGAUUUACUUCCGAGCUGCACAAGGGCGAAGCGCUUGUUUUGGGCAUCGGCCCCGUCGAACUGAUGAAAGACCUCGACGAGGCUUGCUUCCAGAAGCUCGGCGGCCAAUCCAGCGCGAAGCCGGUCGUCCUUUCGUAUUCCGGAAACUUUGGUGAGGUCAACGGCUCUUUCAUUGGCGACUUUGUGAUCGAGAAGUUUGCGAAUCCGCAAGACGCCAAGGUCAUGGGCGGAAAUCUUGUUGCGAAGGCGCUCACGGCGCUUCAAGCUGUUCCGGGGCGCAUGGACACGCUGAAGCGCGUCGUCAUCUACCGUAGUGGCACGAUCGACACGGACUUGCAACGAAUUGCUGCUGUUGAAGUGCCAAUGAUUCUGGGGAAGAUCCGUGAAGCGUUGCCCGGGAAAUCGAUCCUUUUCACCUACAUCAUGGCGCACAAGGAUCAUCACGUCCGCUUCUUCAACCAAAAGAUCGUGAGCGGGGAUACGCCGGCCAAGAAGAACAUUCCGCCGGGCACCGUCGUCGACCGGUUCGUCAUCAGCCCCCAUGGACGUGAAUUCUACCUGAACGCGCACACGGCCCUCCAGGGCACCGCCAAAGCUCCAAAGUACACCGUGCUCUACGAUGACGCCAACUUGUCGAUGGACUAUCUACAGGGGAUGACUUACGACUUGUGCCAUAUGCACCAGAUCGUCAACCUGCCUACGGCUCUUCCUAGCCCCUUGCGCAUCGCCGCCGAGUACGGCGACCGCGGACGUCGGCUUUUCAACGAGUUCAUGAAGGGGCACGAUGCGGCCAGCGCAGUCGACUUCCAUGCGCUCGAGUACUGCAACAGCAGCACCUUCAAGGCGCGCCGCAUCAAUGCU